GCGCCGGGGGGAGGCGGGCCAAGUCCGGCGGCCGGCCGCUGCCUCCUCCCGGGCAGCCGCGGCCUUUUCCACCCCCGCCGCAGUUCGGGGCAGGGCUGAGGCCGUCGCGGGGGAGCGUUGGCGGAGGACUGAAUCGUGUCUCUGUGCAUAGGUGGGCCCGAUGUCGAUUCGCCGGCCGGGCGAGGGGCAGCGCGGCGGUUCCUAGCUGAUGCUGAAGAGGCGGCCCGGGGCCGGCAGCCCUCCUGCAGCCGUCGAGGCCCUGUGCGGGCGCGGGGCGGGAGACAUGGACUUGACAGAACCCGCGGGUGCGGACCUUUCGGGCGAUGGGCCCGCGGCUAGCCGCCUUCGGUGCGGGGAGGAGGAGCCGGAGAAGGAGGGAGAUGAUGCGGGAGGGAAGAGCGGCGGCAGCUCCUGGGAGCAGAGCCUGAAUCCCGAGCUGCAGCAGGGAUACCGCAUCUUGCGCGAAUUUCUCAUGGAGAAGUACCGACCGCUGACAGCACCGUUUUUGAAGCCCCUCGCGGAUCAGGCAACCGUCAGGGAAGAAGGAGCAGGCUCCCUCUCGGGUCGUAACAGCAGUCACUCCUUUCAGCAGUCACCAGCUGGAAUGUGGCUGUUGAAGAUGGAAGAGAAAUUUUCCAGUGGGCAGUACACAGGAAUAGAAGAUUUUGUGGGUGACUUCCGGCUAAUGCUGGAGACAUGUUACCGGCUGCACGGUGUAGAUCACUGGCUCUCCAAACAGGCCCAGAAGCUGGAGAUGAUGCUGGAACAGAAGCUGGCGCUGCUGUCCCGGCACUUAAGGGAGAAGACAUCAAUAGCUGUAACAUCUAGAGGAUGCUAUGGGCUGGAAGAUGAGAAAGGAACGGCAUGUGUUUCAACAAGACGUCGUUCCACGCCUCGCAAUUUAGUAGGCUUGUCAACGGGCAUGUUUGAGUCUGUGAUGGUUCAGGUUCUAAGACAAGAGGAACAGCUGAGAGCAAAAGAGGAAAAGAGGCUGAGAGAACAAGAAAGAAAAGAAGCAGAAGAAGCUAGUCAGAAAGAAAUAGAAGAAUGGGAAAAGUCACUUUUAGCUCAAGCAGCACCUACAAGGAUGGAGACAAUGUGGGAGAUUCCAGCUAUUGGUCAUUUUCUUUGUUUAGCACAACAGAUCUUAAAUUUACCUGAAAUAGUAUUCUAUGAAUUGGAACGUUGUCUUCUGAUGCCUCAGUGUAAUGCUUUUUUAUCUAAAAUAAUGACUUCUUUGUUAAGUCCUCCUCAUCGCAGAUCUACUUUACAUCGCAGGCCUACGCUUUCUUACAGGGCUUGGGAAGCAGCACUAAGACAGAAAGUACAACACUGGUAUACUGUUGUAGGGCAGACUGACAAUCCUAAUAGCUCUGCAGAAAAACUUGGAUUGUGUCCUCAGUUUUUCAAAGUCCUUGGAGAAGUUAAUCCCUUGGAGGAAAAAUCAUUUCAUGAGCUACCAUUCUACCAAAAAGUAUGGCUGCUGAAAGGUCUUUGUGAUUUUGUGUAUGAAACACAAAAGGAUGUCCAGGAUGCAGUGCUAGGUCAGCCUAUCCAUGAGUGCCGAGAAGUUAUUCUUGGUUAUGACUACUUGGAGAAUGCAUAUGUUCAUUUUCCACAGUUCUGUGGUGCAGACGUUCGGAUUUACAAACAAAAACCUUUUCAAGCUCCUGAAUUCCCGUCUCCUCCCAUUAAAGUUAAAAAAGUGUCACGUAUUAAAUCGGAGAAAGCAAAACAUGAAUAUGUAAGCAAAAGUAAUGGGGAGGUCAGCUCUGGUGGUAAAGAAGAGCUGCUACAUCAUUCCAAGACAGAAACAGAGGAAAGUAUGGGCUCCAUUGUUAUCUGUCCAGAAAAAACCCCACAUUUAGGUAGCUUUAGAGUCACUACAGAGGAGAUUAAGAUUAACUGUGAAAUCAAGACCUCAAGAGUCAGCAACAUCAAAAAAACUGGUUGCUAUAAAGAGAAUGUGAGGAAUUUGACUAGUUCGGGAGAGAUUGCUAGUAUGGGUGGUCACCCUAGUUCAGGAGAAAUAAGGGCUGUGGAGAAUAGACAAGGUUGUGCUGAAAUGACCAGAGUAAAAGCUGAGAUCAGUCCAUUCAAGGAGAACACACUGAACGCUUGCCAAAUGCAUGUCAAUGGCACUCAUUAUGACAACCAAGACAUAAAUUACCAUGAAUCUGCUAAAGAAGCAAUGCUAGAGAACUCACUACGAAAUCAUAAGAAAAUAAAUAAGCUGCGGGCAAAAAAGAAGAAAAAGAAAAAAAAGAAGUUGAAGGAUAUCCUAAAUGAAAAUCUACAGAGAAAGCUUGAUGACUUGCAAAGAAAGCGUGAGAUUCAUCUUCAUCCGUUCAAAUCUUACAAAUCUGAGAUCCAGAACAAGUUGUUCAUAAUUAAAAAGAAAGCAAAACACAAGAAGCACAAGUCAGGAAAAAAAUCGGUAUCUAAAAAAGCAAUCACAAAGAAGAGGAAAGGUGUCACAAAGUCUACCAUACCAGAAUUUCAGCUUAUUUGCACUAAUCUUGAUGAACUCAGGGAAUUAAUCACAAAGAUUGAGAAUGAACUCAAAGAUCUGGAGGACAUUAAAAAGAAAUCGGGAAGAUGGUACCACCGGAAGCAAGCAGUGAAGGAACUGCAUGGUACAUUGAUACGACUGCUUAAUGAACUGUUACCAUGGGAACCAAAGCUAAUGAAAGCAUUUCAAAGAAACAGGUCUAGAUUGAAGAAGGACUAUGAUGACUUUAAAAGACAUCCAGACCAUGAUAAAUUUACCAGAGAAUUGUGGAGUAAUGAUGAAAGUGAAGUUGAUUCUGGCAAAGAUUCUUUUGCAGUAGUAUGUGGUAAAUCUUCAGAGUCUGCAGAACAUGUGGAAGUUCCCAAAAAAGAUCACCUAGACACUGAUGAAAUGAAACUAUUAGAGAUGAAUUUACCUGCAGGAAAAAACAGAAUUCUGAAAAAAGAAUCAACAUCUAAAGAAAUACAGAAGACACUACCCAAAUGUGUUAAACGACAGUCCAAGCAAAAUAGUUGUCUGGAUCAAAGCACUAACGAGAUUUCACCAAGGAAGAAAGCUAAGCUGAGCACUAAUGAGGCUGGGAUCCAGGGUUCAGAAAGUAGCUUGCAGCCAGAUGGUUGUUUAACUGAGGCGAAACAAUUUGAAGGGUCGACUGUAGAAUCGCUUUCCUUGACAGAUCCUGCAACAUCAGUAUCAAAUUUUCUGAAAGGGACCAAACCCAUCCAGGCCUUGCUUGCCAAGAAUACCGGGAACAAAGUGACCUUAACAAAUCAACUGUCACCUCCCCCAGGCAUAAAUGUGUCUACUUCUGAAAAGCCAGUUAUAUCACCUUCGGAAUCAUCACUAAUAAAACCAGCAUUGCCCUGCCAGACCAGUUCAAAGACUCCUUUACAAAUGGUAUACAAAAUGCCAAAUGGCCACUGUGUACCAGUAGACCUUCACAACAGCUCUGUGAAAAUUCAAAUGCAACCUGUGAUUGACCCUAAAACUGGAGAAAAAGUCAUGCAACAAGUUCUAAUUUUACCUAAGAAUUUUCUUAUUCAGCAGAAGGAAGGAAAAAUGGUUUCCAAGGACAUUCAGUCACUACAACAAAAAUCACCUGAGAUGCACUAUAUAACUUUACCAGAAAUAUCAAAUGUCAGUGUUUCUUUAACACCUGUACUGGUAACAGGCCCUGCAAACGCCACUGCUCAGUCACCUAGUACAAUUUUUAACAGCAAUAUUACCCACUUGUCACAAGUGACUGUCCCCAUGAACACUACACAACCACUGCCUGUUGUAACUUCAGCAAGUAACUUAUUAUCAUCAACAAAUAAGGUAGGCCAAACUGAAACUGACAAAAUCAAGACUAUGGUUUCAACUGCCACAUUUGCAGUGUCUUUGACUUCACCUACUCUUCCCACAGCUAGCCGGUCUUUGAUAUCAGCAACGGCAUUAAGUGGGUCUAUAAACACUGCUUCUGCCUGUCAUAGUCUUGCGUCACAGCAGACAGCUGACUCCUUUGAAACUAGGCAAGAGCUGAAGACAGUGUGUAUAAGAGAAUCACAGUCUAUUCUGGUCACAACACGAGGUGGAAACACAGGAAUUGUUAAAGUGCGAACAAACCCAGACCAGAUUUCACCUAGUGGUUUAUCUUCUAGUUCAGUUUUCACUUAUGCACCUCAAAUUCAGGCCUUUCUUGUGCCAAAAACCACAGCAUUAUCAUGCUCUACUCUUUCAUCUGUAGCAACAGCCACCUCUGGUCUCCCACAUAUUGGACAAUCGUCUCUUUCUGGGUUUGCUCCCUCAACAGCUUCUUCUGUUAACAUUCCAGCUUUCCCAGCUGAUUUUACCCAGGCAAUGGAGAACAAUAUCAAAUUCACGUUACAGCAGCCUGCUGCUGGGGGCACUUUUGGUCAAGUAAUAGAGAACUCCUGCUACGUGUCGUCUCCUCCUUUAUCCUCCAUUUCACUGGCUAGCAAUUUGAUUUCAGCAACUCUAAACAGCCCUGUUAGUGGGACUAGCGUUGGACAAAAUAACACUGUCAUAACUCCAAAUUCUUCUGUGCAGCAACAAGGUGAUACUAAAACUAAAACAAAUCCUGUUAUGCAAUCUGAGUCUAAUGCAGCAAUAAAUGGAGAUUUAAUCGGUGGUACUCCAGUCCAGAAACUUACAUUAGUCACAAAUCCACCUAUUUUGUCACCUUGUGGGGCAUCAGGAGUCAGUAUUAUACCGUCUCCAGGAUCCACUGCUGUUAAUGCUCAGAAGUUGGUUUUCAUUAACACACAAAUUGCCAGUGGCCCAUCAACUGCCAAUCUAGUUGCAGAGUCAUUGAAACAUAACCUUCCUUCUUCCCUAAGCAAAACCUUUGUUAGUGCCACAGAGCAACCACAGCUGGUUCUGAUCCCAUCUACGGUAGGAGCACCAAUAAGAGUAAAUCCAUCACCAACUAUUGCUCAAGUAAAAGAUGUGAAAAUUGGACUAAAUAUAGGCCAAACCAUUGUAAAUACUAAAGGCAACGCACAACAGGCUCUACCAGUUAAUAUAUUGCAUUCGGCUGUUUCUAAGGGAGAAGACAUAAAGAGCAUGGGCUUGGCACUCUCUUUGACAACUACUAGUACUUUGGUUCCUGUACCAAAUUUUACGAGUCAGAGUGCUGUGUCAGUUAAUGAGUCUGUAUGUGUUGCAACAAAAGCUGAAAAUGCCUUUACAGUAACAACAGCAAAUGCAUGUGUAGAAUCUGUUUCAGCAAUACCAAGUGGGACUUCUUCUGGGACACGGCCGACUGUCUUGAUUGGUGGAAAUGAUCCCUCAAGAGUAAGACCAAUUCUGGGUAAUCGACUGUGUACGUCAAGUAUUGGAAAUACUGUGGGUAUAUCAACUGUGAAAACAGGACAUCUUGCUUCAUCUGUGCUGAUUUCAGCAACGCAACCAGCAGUUUCUCCUCAAAACUUACCAUCUGCUUUGCAAUUUCCGGUGAUUAGCUUGCCUGGAUCUGUAGCCACCCCCCACAAAGUGUUACAUACAAUUCCUCAACUGGCAGCAGUUCCAGCUUCUCCUCCAGUACCAAAAAGCCAGUUGCCCACACUGGUUCAGUAUCAGUCAUCAGGAGUUUCAGCUGCUAUGCCAAAUAAUGCAGGUAUUCACAAACCUCAGAGUGUGUUGCCCCCUUCGUCUCCAAAUGCAGGUAAAGUUACUGGUUUUUCCAAUGUUUCUUCCCUACAAUGCCAGCAGGUGCCUCCCAGUACAGAGAAGCAAAGUCAUGCUUACACUUGUGCUUCUACCAGUCAGAUGUCUGCAGCUUCACCAACUGUAACAAGCAAGGCAGGAGGUCAGUUGAAUGAACCUUGCAUUCAACAGAAAAUAGUCAUUAACACCUGUAUGCCUUUGGCACCUGGAACUCAGAUAAUGAUUAAUGGUACUCGUUUUGUUGUUCCUCCACAAGGCCUUGGAGCUGGCAGCCAUGUUCUUCUUCUCUCUUGUAAUACAAAACAGACUCCUCCUUUAACUAUUAACCACGGUCAAGAAGCUCAAGGUGUACCAAUUGUUAAUCCAGUAACCUCAAAAAUCAUGCUAGCACCAGGUAAUUCAUUAAGUUGGCAAAUAUCAAAACAUCCUUUGAAAAGUUCUACAAAAAUUGUGAACUCUUUUGGGUCUGCAGAUGCUUUACCCAUCGUACAUGCAACACCGCAGGUAUUUAGUACUCCAGCUAGCUCAUGUACUCCACUGCCUGCAGCGACACUGUCUGUGUCUUCAGUGAUAAAACCUCCUGUUAGUGUUGUAGCUACAUCCUCUGUGGUUUCUGCUGCUCAUCCUCCGAACUCUCAUUUACCAAGCAACACUUCAGUGUUUCACUUAAACACUUCUAUCAAAAAACUGUUGGUCAGCCCAGAAGGAGCCAUUUUGAAUGCUAUAAAUACUCCAGCAUCAAAAGCUUCUUCCAUAUCUUCAUCACUGCCUCCUGUUGCUGUGUCCACAAGCAGAAAUCCUACCACUGUCUUCCCUGCAUCUCAGUCUUCUUCCCUCGAUAAACCUGACAAAGCUGCAUCCUGAAUUUACUGCAAAUGAGCCACUUUGAAAUUAUGGGGAUUCUUCUGACUUCGGAAGUUGUAACUGUUGAAUAAUUUCUUAUGUUGUUUGAAACAGUUGAUUUACUGAAAAUUACUUAAGAUUAUAGUUCUUUCCUGUUUACCUGUGGGGUUUAGGAGGAAGAAAAAUUUAUUUAGUUUGACAGAAGUUUUCAGUGAGUUCUUUAGUAAAAAGGUCAGAAAUUACUAGUGUGUUCAUUAAACAUUUUAGUUUGAAGAAAUCUAGCCUUUUGCACAUGUUCCAUCUUACAGUAUGGACUGUUUGCCAGUGUGUUUAUGACAGUAUAUAUCUCCUUUUUAUUUGUCAAAUUUAUUUUUGAUUUUUUUCUGUAAAAAAAAUACUUAUGCAUUGUAAAAAUGCAGUCUAUGGAAUAGAAUUGUAUAUAUUCAUGACUUCCUAACAAUCUGUACUAAACUAUAUGUACAAAGAACUAUACUGUCUUAUUUAUGUUUUGUUUACAUAAUGUAUAGUUUUUUAAGUAUUUUAGUAACUUUGGACCAGUGUACUGUUUAGCAACAAUGCAGAAGAAUCUGCAUAUAAUAAAUCAAGUUGCUGUACUGCUUUGUGUUGGCAAUAGUUUAAAAAUGUGUUUAUGUGUUACACCAUGGCAGAACACAUAUCUAUACAUCUUCCUACUUAAUUCAGAUUCAUCUGAGCUUUUGGAAUAUAGUAGAAUGAAAUUAUUUAAUCUCUACUGCUUUUCUUUGUGGUUUACAUUUCACGUGAUUGGAUAGGAAAGAAGGCCAUCCUUGUGAUCCUAAUGCAGAGCUGGGUAGCCCGUACCUCAUCCUUUCUUAGUAAGUGUUUGGUUAUAUUGCUUAAAAUCUCUGGCGGUGUGCUAAGACUAGAAGUAGUUUCCAGGAUACCAGUCUAGGCAUAAUGGUUGCUGUUCAGGACUGCCAUGUUUUGUCAUAAAGCUCAUAGAUCUGUUGAACUUUUUUUGUUGUUGUUGUUUGGUUUUGGUUGGGGUUUUUUUGGUUUUUUUUAAGGUUGGACUUGAUGAUCUCAGAGGUCCCAUCCAACCAUGGUGAUUCCGUGAUUCUGUGAACAGUUCAUUAUUCUCAUUUUACAGCCUUGUAUGCACUUCCAUGUAUCUGGUAACUCUAACAAGGUCACUCUUUAAUCUUCUGUCUAGCCGUAACAAGCUACCCAGUUUUAUCACCAGUCAUGCUUUCUAGUUCUGUAUUUUUUUCUUCAGUUUUUAAUUGGUCAGUCUGGAAGGACAAUCCUAAAACAUCACAUAGUAUUAAAGGAGGCCUUAUUACUGCUUUGAGUGAGAAUAAUUCACAUAUUACCUAAACCUUCCCUUUUUAUGCAGUGUAUUCAAUAUUUGUUGGCUUAGAUUCAGCUUUUGAUCUGGUAAACUCCUUGGGUUAUUUUCUGCAGAUCAGCUUAUUUCACAGGUGCCUGCUCCAGUGUUCAUGAAAGUAGAGAAGUUUUCUGGUAUCUUUUGGGACUCAGCAUAUGAAGAAAGGUUGCCCAUCUAUCAGCUCUUAUUUUAUGGAAGAUGAUUAUUUCAUAAGUGCUGAUUUAAAAUCUGAAGCCAAAGUCUCUGUUACUUACCAGUCUGAGUUUGAACAUCGUUGUAUGUAUGGGAUUUUUUUGUUGGUGUUUUUUUUUUUUCUUUAGGAACUAGAAGGGAAGAUUUCAGAAGAACUCAGGAAUGUUAGUUGCCUUUUUAAUAGCUACAACUUCAAAGGGGGAUAAAAGCUUACAUGUCUGUGUAAGCAGUGUUCUUUGACUGAUUUUCAUCAAUAUGAAGCUUAAGCUUUUGCUCCUCAUCCUGUCAAGUUUUCUCCUUUACCCAUUUGCUAUACAUAGUUUGGAUCUUGGGUUGAAGAAUAAGACCAUGGUUUACUCCCUCUGUCUUGACUGCCCUUCGUAUUGUUCUGAAAAGUAAUCUGGUAACUAGUUAACUAGAGUUCUGGGAAAGUCAGGGGAAGAAAGGCCUUCCAUAGGAACCUUCCCUUUCUGGACUAACAAAAAAAUUUGAAUUGGGAAAGUGCCUCUUUCUAGAUCAGCAAUCUGCAUCUUAUCUCAGAGCUGGGAAAGAUGGAAGCUGUCAGUUUUGAGGUGAGAGGUGGUUUACUCAUAUUUUAGAAAAAGCUACCUAGUACACUUUUCCUACUUCUCAUUAAAGGUCGUAUGUUAUUGAUUUACUACCCUGUAGUAAGCAAUGUCUGCUUGCUAGAGUUUACAAUAUUAAACCUUUUAAAUCUGACUGCAUUUUGCAGUUGAAUGUUACAGGUGACUUUUCCAACAGAGGAAGAUGGCAGAGAAUGGCAGUUUCUUCAUGGACAUUUUAUAUACUUUAAAACCAUAUAUACCAGCCACACAUUUUAUUUCCAUUUCUCUGGUGGAACCUUGGGACUGACUUUCUUGGAUUUUUCUCUUAUUGGCUAUUUUUAUUUAUGUUUGAUGUAGAGUAAAUAUCUACAUUGCUUGGAAAGCUUAAGACUAGGUUUUACUAUUGCCAGCAGCCUGGAUGGAGAAAAAAAUCUUGCAUGACAUUUUUCUGUGUGCUAAUGUAGUAGAAAGAUUUAUGCUGUUGUCAAUUCUAAUAAAGAGAAACAUUAGAAAAGCUUAAUUGAGGAACUUGGAACUCGUGCUACGUACCUGAAUGAUUUCUUAGAAAUGUUCUGAAUUAGUACAGUAUUUUAUAAUUGUUUUUUAAAUAUUUUAUAAUGUGGCAGGCAUAAAUUUUGCAACAUGCAAAGUUUGAUUCAGUUUGAUUAGAAUUUUCAUGGACUUUUAUUCUCUACUGGACACGUGUUCAGGUUCAAAAUCCUGUCAGAGAGAGGCUCAAGACUGCUAUGUAAUGGGUUUGCAUGAUGCAUUAUUUUGUAAAAAUCAAUUUUAGUCAUUUUUGUGAAUAAAACUCACCUUGCCAUCACUCUUCUCUAAUAAUAAUAUAAAUGUUGGUCAGAGUGAGACUUUCUUUCAAAUGAAAGCAAAUAGCCAUUGAUGAUUUGCUACAUAUCUUUUGUUCUCUCUACCUAAGAUACAGUACUACAUAUAGCACAAAAAGAACUGUAAAAAGGUAGGUUGUAUUGACAGACACAAUGAAAAAACAGAACCUCCUGCAUCUUUCCUUUAAGUUUAAAAGACAUUUAAUUACACAUAUAAAUAAAUACAUCUGUAAAUCAGUCUUUGAAGAAAACACGUUCACCUUUUCAGAGCUUGUAAAAUGCCUUUAGACCCCUACAGAUAUUCAGACACUGUAUUAUAUACAAAAUUUUGGGCUUACUAAUUACUUUCAACAUUUUGGUUGAUAUCUUUGAUAUUCAUCUUAGUGGAAAAAUUCUGCACAAUAAUUUUGCUUAGCUUUGAGUAGAAAAGUGCGUUCGUCUUGCCUCACUCUUCUAAAACGUGUGUGUGCGCUGCCAUUUUUUUCUAGGGAUCCUGCCCCUACCAUACUAGAAGCAAUUAAAUUUCACAAGUAUUAGGAAUCGUAGAAGUACUUGUUCAAACCAGGUGUGUUACUGGCAACUCAUUCAAACCCACUCUGAUUUCACUGUGUGACAGCAGGGAGUACGUUGCGGAAAGUGAAGCAAAAAUUCCCCUGAUAAGUAAGUGAAGAGAAAGUUACUUGUCUUGUGUAAGCAGGCUCGAAAAUUAAUAAAAGCUGGCAUCUGAAGGGCAUCCCUAGCCUUACCACAGGCUUUCCACAGAGUUUGUUCCAUAGCUGGUUUUGCCUAUAUUUUGUGGUAGUGCAGAAUUUUAGUAGCUGAAAUUGAUUUAAGUAAAUUAAUGCUUACAUUUGAGAGUAAUUCUCAAAGUCUCAAAGACAAGCAAGUCUUACAUUUAAGACUUACAUUCAUGCAGCCCAUUUUCUGUAAGCUGCACAUGAAGUGAGUUUAUUGACCCAAAAUCAGAUUAGGAGUGCUCUAUCAGACUAGAAGUCCAUCUAUCAUGGCAUCAUGUUCCUUGGAGCAGUCAACAGUAGCAGGCCGAAAGAGCAAAAUAACAGGCCUCUAGAGUGGUUAUUCUUCUAGUAUCCACUAAUCUGUGAUCCACACUAUUCUACAGACAGCUGUGACUUUUUUUUUUUUUUAAUUUAAUAGCCCUCAGUGUAUUAUUCUGGAUUAAAUUGACCAAUGCUUUCUAAAAUUGUUACGGAAUUUUUUGGGUUAGAAGGGACCUUUAAAGGUCGUCUAGUCCAACCCCUCUGCCAAGAGCAGGGACAUCUUCAGCUGGAUCAGGUUGCUCAGAGCCCCAUCCAACCUGACCUUGAAUGUUUUCAGGGAUGGGGCAUCUACCACCUCUCUGGGCAACCUGUUCCACCACCCUACUCAUAAAAAACUUCUUCCUUGUAUCUAGUCUAAAUCUACCCUCUUUUAGUUCAAAACGUUUUAGUUCAAGUUCUUCUUGAACACAUGUAAACUGCUACCAUGCACAGUGUCCUGUGGUAAAGAGUUUUUCACACAGCGUGUAAAUAAAUCUGUUUAUGAACCUGGUACCUGCUAGUUUCGUUUCACACAAAUAAUAUUCAUAUUGUAGGAUAUAACAAGCCUUUGCUAUUUAUUCAUUUUUCCAUGUGGCCUAUGUAGAUGUUUACCAUGUUGGUUGUCUUUUUUCUAGAAUAAAGAGACACAGUCAAUUCAAUUAUUU